GGAGGUAUGGAGGUGUGGAGGAGGAGGGAGUGCAUGGAAGGACACGGAGGAGUUUAGGUAUAAAUGCAGUGAGUGACAGAUGAUUCAUGUCUAGUCUGGUCGGAGGAAGGCACAAGAUGAUUGGCCUGAUUGUUGUUACACUCCUGGGCGCUGCAGCUGCAGCACCUGUGGAUGACAAGAUUGUGGGUGGCUACGAGUGUACAGCCAACUCUCAACCCUGGCAGGUGUCUCUCAAUAUCGGCUACCACUACUGCGGCGGCUCCCUCAUUAACGACCGGUGGAUCGUCUCUGCUGCCCACUGCUGGCAAAACCCCUAUGCACAGAUUGCCGUCGUGGGGGACCACCACAUCUGGGAGAAUGAGGGCACGGAGCAGUUCAUGUCAGUGGAUGCCAUCUACUGGCAUCAGAGUUACGACUACCAGACUCUGGACUUUGACAUCAUGCUGAUGAAGCUGGCGCACCCCGUCACCGUGAACCAGUACGUCAAGCCUGUCGCCCUGCCCAGUUCCUGCGCCGCACCCGGGGACAUGUGCACGGUGUCUGGAUGGGGGAACAUCUACACUGAUCAAGUGUUCAACCCGUUUUACCUUCAGUGUGUCGAAGUCCCCAUUCUGUCCUACAAGGAUUGUGAUGCUUCCUACCCCGGCAAGAUCACUGACCGCAUGGUGUGCGCUGGAUACCUGGAGGGAGGCAAGGACUCUUGUCAGGGUGACUCUGGUGGUCCUCUGGUGUGUAAUGGGGAGCUGCAGGGGAUUGUCUCUUGGGGCCAAGGCUGCGCUCAACCCAACUACCCGGGCGUUUACACCAAAGUCUGCUCUCUGAUGCCCUGGAUCAACGAUAUUCUCUCCACUUACACCUAGGCUGUGAUCUCCCAUCACAGAGCUAGAGAAGGGAAACCAGAGGGAGAAUGAAAUUGAAAGAGACAGGAGGCGGUGGUGGGUAGUGUCAAAAAGAAAGGCAGCGGGAGAACAGCUAAGAGAGAGAGAAACAGUGAGGGAGAGAGAGAGAGAGAGAGAGAGAUGUGAUAUGUGUUUAGUCAGGGCACAAUCAAUAAAA